AUGAGAAAGCAAUGGCGGUGCACGAGGAGUGACGCAGCCAACUUAUCCGGCUUGCAUUACAAAGGGGAUGAAUUUGAAUACGAAUUUAUUGAGAGGAUCGCUAAACAGGUGUUGGCGAUCAUUAAAGAGGACAGCGUACCUGUUGUUGCUGAUUAUCCAGUCAGAGCAGAGUCUCAUGUGAAAGCGUUGUCAUCGUUUUCUUUCCCAAGGCAAUACCAAUACCAUGUGUUUCUCAGCUUCAGAGGCUGUGAUACUCGCUAUUGUUUCACUGGAAGUCUCUUCAAAGCUCUCCGCGACAACAAAAUCCACACCUUCAUGGAUGAUGUAGGCCUUCACAGAGGGAAUGAUAUAUCAAGAACACUAAUUGAGGCAAUUAAAGGCUCCAGGAUUGCCAUCAUUGUGUUCUCUCAGAACUAUGCUGAUUCUACUUACUGCUUAGAUGAACUUGUCAAGAUCUUAGAGUGCCAAGAGUCUGAUGGCCAGUUCGUUUUGCCCGUUUUCUAUGAUGUAUAUCAUAGCGACGUGCGACGACAGACGGGUAGUUUUGGGGCAGCAAUGGCUAAACAUGAGGAAAAGUUCAAGGAUGACCUGUCGAAAGUCGAAAAAUGGAAGCGGGCUUUGCAUCGAGCAGCUAAUUUUACUGGCUUUGUUUUCGAUGGGAAAAAAUAUGAACACGAGUUAAUUGGGAAGAUUGUUGAAGUGGUGUCAAGGGAGAUUAAACGAGUUGCUUUACACGUUGCUGACUAUCCAAUUGGACUAGAGUCUCAAGUUUCAGAAGUAAAAUCGCUUAUAUUCUCUGAUGGCUAUGAUGGAGUCCACAUGGUAGGGAUUCAUGGAAAUGGUGGAUCAGGCAAAACAACAAUAGCUCAUGCAAUUUAUAAUUUGAUUGCUAACGGUUUUGAAAGUAUAUGUUUUCUUGAAAAUGUGAGAGAAAAUUCAUAUAAGCAUGGUUUAGUGUAUCUUCAAGAUAUGCUUCUUUCUAAUGUAUUCGAAAGGAAGAAUCUCAAAGCAACAAGUUUUUUACAAGGAAUUUCAACAAUAAAGCACUGGCUCCAACAAAAGAAGAUCCUUUUGAUUCUAGAUGAUGUUGACAAACCAGAGCAAUUACAAGCUCUUGCUGGAAAACCUGAUUGGUUUGGCCUUGGAACAAGGGUCAUCGUUACGACAAGGGACAAAUAUAUACUAGAGAGCCAUGGGAUUGAAAGAAUCUAUGAGAUGGAGAACUCAAAUUCGGUAAAUACCCUUGAAUUGCUCAGUAUGAUGUUUAAAC